AUGUGCCCUUUCUUUUCACGUAACAAAUUUAAAAGAAAUAGGAGACAAAAAUCUCAAAGACUAAAUCCAAAUGGAUUUUACGGAAACCCUUAUCAAAACAACAAUAUUCAGAACUAUAAUACAGGACAUUUUUAUGAACGACCAUCAUUUGCCACAGAAGCCCUAUCACGAGUGACUGAAGCACUAACAUCGAUAGUGCUGUACGACGACUUCCAAUGUGUGCCGCGGCUUUUAUGUGAAGCGGCUGGUGGGGGGUUAGGCAGUUCCAACGUUCUGCAAUCUGUGACUGGAUUACAGCCACUUAUGACAUUACUCUCAGCCUACGGUGGUAUUAGCUCAAACCCUCUGUUCGUUUUCGGUAGAGCAGUUCUCUUAGGAAUGUCCUCAAAGGGAAAUCCUGCGUCCUGCCGGUAUGGGUAUCCUCUUUGCCCUACGGACACUGAGCAAUUGGUACAUUAUCUAAACAACCAUAAUGGAGGUUUUUUUCGAUUCUUCAAUGCACCGCAAAAGGGACAAAACAUUCAACAAUUCUACAAUCACUUGCAGGGGAAUCCUCAAAAUGUUAACUAUGUUAAUAAUGAUAAAUAUAAUGAUUUUGUAACUGUGUACGUUGUCAGGGGUAAUGGAGACCCGAACAAACCAGAAAUUGUUAAAUUGAGACCGGGACAAUCUUUAUAG